GAGCGUGUCAGUUAGGAGUUCGUUAUUUUAAAAAAACGAAAUAAAAUGGAAGCUUAUUAUAGUAGCGAUGAUGAAGUGUCGUGGGGUCCUUUGACAAUAAGAGAAAUUAAAUCUCAUCUCAAUAGACCGGUACUUCGUAAACCAGAUAGAAGACAUACUUUACAUAGUGAACAAACAAUUGAAUAUAACAAAAUGUCAAACGCACUAUCAGAAGAUUCAAUUUUGGAAAUAUCAGCUUACUUAACUGCUUCAGAAGCUGCCAGUGUAAAACAAGAUACGGAUUAUUAUUCAACAGAGGAAAAUUCCAUUAAAGUACCUCCUAAUAAAUCCACACAGAUAAAUCGUGACAAAUCUUCAUUGGGUUUCAAUGAAAAAGACACGUCUUGUUUCGAUUUUGUGCAUAAUGCAAUGGCCAAACCGAGUGACGUCUUUAUUAAAAACGAGUAUGUAACACUUAUUGAAAGUCCUAAUAAUAGUUUAAACCAAACAAAUUCGGAUAUCAUAGAAAUUUCAAGUGAUGAUGAAACCGAACUGAAGAAAAAAGCAAACUUGAGUUGUGUUUUGGAGAUAAGUGAUAUUAGUGAUGAAAAUACGAGUUACACCGAAAAAGAUUGCAGCAGACAGGAGGAAUUAUGUGAAAUAGAAUCAUAUUGUAAAUAUAGUGAUGAUUCAUUGUUAGAUCAUAGUGAGGUUGAUAUUUCGAGCAUAAAACUUACAACUUGUAAUUCCAAUGAAAAUAUUGACGAAUAUGUUUGUGAAAUUGAUGCUACAAAUGAAUCUAAGUGUCCAUCAUCUUCGGCUGUAACAAUACCUGAAAUUGAUCUACAGCAAUUCAACGAUUCGAGUGUUUAUUCGUUUAAUGAUACAUUGGAACGAAUAAAUGCCAUUUUAAAUCAAGAUAAAGAGCAGUCUUUAACAGAAAGUUCAAAUGUAGAGACUACAAACUCUGAGGUGAACAAAGAAGAAGUAAAAACAUCGCCAAUUUGUAAAAAAAGCCCUAAAAGAAGUGAAGAUUACUCUCAGUCGUGUAAUUUGAUAUCCGGUUCAUUUAUACAGAAACCAUUAUCAGAUUUACCAUCAAAAAAGUCUUCCACUAAUUACCAAACUCCUAAAAAUCAUUUUGUUGUCAAAAGUCACAUUCCAUUACCUAAAAGGUCACCAGAUUCCUUCAAAGUACCGACUUUACCAUUGAAAUCCAAACCAAAUCUAAAAGAUAUAGUUAGUCCGGUGAGGAUGUAUAUUAAAUACAGUCCGAAACCUGUUUUAAAACGAAACGUGGAUCCAAUUGCGACAAAACUCUAUCAAAAACCAAAAAACUCAAGCAAGGAAAACGGCAGUGACAUUCCUUCAAACGUAAUUUACAAACCGUCCAAAAAACCAGUUUUAGGAUCUGAAAAGGCAAUUUCUCUACCGAAAUCUUUGAAUAAGUUGGUGAUUAAAUCUACAGUUACAAAACACGAAAGGAACCCUGUUUCUGUGAAAACAGACGUCAGCUUGAAUUCUGAGUGCGAGUUGACUAAAAAUAGUUUGAACGAAAGCCAGUUUAGUGAUCAGAAUAUGUCCGUAUUGCAUAAAAAACCUGCGUACGGGAAGUAAUGAUGCAGCUAUUGAGCCAAUUAAUAAUGAUUCAAAAAAUAUGAUUCUGAUAUGUUUUUAAUAUUUUAUUUCUUUUUUAUAAUAUACUUAUUUUUUUAUUAUUAUGAUUUUUUAAAGGAAGCAAAUAAACCAAUUCAAAAGUG